UGAGAUGGAUAAUUCAUUUCAAGAUAUCUCCAAUUCAAUUCAAGAUAUCUUCAAUUAAUUCAAGAUGUCUUUAUUUAAUUGCAAGAUAUCAGGAACUGAAUUACAGAUAUCAUGAAAAACAUUAAAUCCAUGAAAGAUAUUAGCAAUUCUUUUCAAGAUAUCAUUAAUGUGCUUCAACAUAUACUAAAUUCAUUUUGCCAUAUCAUGAAUGCUAUCGUAGAUAUCUAUUAUUAUCUCUGUUCGAGAUAUCUUUAAUUCAUUUUGAGAUAUCUCCAAUUCAAUUCAAGGUGUCUUUAAUUUAUUUCAAGAUAUCUCAGAAAAAAAAUAAGUUUUAUUUUAUAACAAUUUAAUAUAUCAGGAAUUUCUCAAUAAAUGUUGAAACGGCUUGCCAUACGACGGACCCCUCUGCUGAGAGCGUAAACAAAAAAACCUGGUGACAACUUGCUUGGAUCCCUGUCUGUUUCUACCACGGGAUAUCAUCUACAGCCUGGCCUACGUUACAAUCCCAGUGCUUUUCAUUACCUCGUGUCAUUAGUGAUCUUAAAUGACCAUUCAACAUAUUGUUUCACAACUGUUUUGCCUUGUACGGCCAAUGAACUCCAUUUUGCUGUAUAAUUAUUACGGAUAAUAGAUUGUUGAAUUUUUACGUUUAUGUUUACACCCUCCAAUGGAUACAUUUGGCCAGGAUCAUUCGUUAUUCAUUUUCAUGAUUUCACACAUAUUCGUGCAUGUAUUGUCACAAUUAAAUGUAUUUUAAAAAAGCAUUACAAACCUUUUGAAAUCCUCGUUGUCUGAAGCAUCUUGGUUCCUCCAAGACCAGGAUAUAGAUGUAUGUAACUGAAAUGGUGCUGACUGUUGCCUGAAGCAAUAUGUUUACUUAUCCAAGAAUAUCUUCAUCCACGUGAAUUCAAUGGACCGGUUAAAAUACAUCCUACCAACAUCCUCAUGAUAUAACUCACUUUGAAAUCGUGACAACUCCAUCUGAUGCCAGUGUCAAGUAUGAAUGCGGACAGAGAACAACAGAGGAUGUAAACAAUUCAACGGCAACAACAAUAAACAAAUUAGUACAUACAUUUUUAUUGUAUGCUUAUGCGAUGUCUGAUAUACAUGCCAAUCGUCACUCCCUACCUCCCACACCGACUGAGGCAAGUCCAGUAACUCUACUCCGUGCUGAUAAGGGCUCGUCGGACACUGAUAAGUCUAUUGGCGGGUAUGAUCGCAUUGUAGCGACGCCAUUUUGCUGAGAAAUAUUCAGUUUUGUGACUUAUUACCUGGACAGAACCUACCCGGGGACUACCCGUGACGGAGAUCUAAGUAGCUUCACCCUGAGGACUUUCUAUCAACGAACGACUCACGUGACAAGAUAUCACCAACGGUAAACGCUGCCAUGGUGCCUCAUAAAUGGCUCCUGGUUGUCAUGGCAACUGUCUGCUUGUGUUCAGGUCAAGACUGCCCUCUGAACUGGGCUGAGUACAUGGACCACUGCUAUCACUUUGUGUUCCACCCGCCACGCCCAUACGUGGAGGCGGACACGGCUUGUCAGGCUGAUGGAGCAACUCUCGUCAGCGUCAAUGACGAUGCGGAGCACCAAUUCAUCACCAACUACUUGACGCAGUACGACAUCAACAGGCGAGACAGGUGGUACACGAGCGGCGUUCAGAUGGGCGAUACGUGGCAGUGGCAGGGAGACGGCACCGACAUCAUGACAGGCGACUACUGGGACGAUGACGCCAUGGCGCCCGACAGUACUGGCCAGCCCAUUAACAAACCCAACCUCGUCUACGUGUUUUCUGCCUCGAAGAACGUGUUUGCCUGGGCCAAGGUGCGCAACACGGAGGUGUUGAUGUACAUCUGUGAGAUCAGCAAGCUUGAGGCAUUCAGGAUCAACAGGCCUCAAAGGGACUUCACAUACGGCCAGGAAACCACUGACCUGAACAAAAUCAGUCGAGGGCCCGUGUUCACGAAUGAGCCAAAGAGUAUAGUUCUUGCUGGGAGAGAAAUACUCACCUUCAUCGAUUGCACAGCAGAUGCAAUACCAGCCCCGACAUACAGGUGGAUCCGAAAUGUGGGCACAGCAAAAGAGAUGGAAGUUACGGAAACCACCGACACUCGCUACACACUGACCAACGGGAGACUGACCAUAGCUGACCCCGACCUGCAGAAGGACCCCGGGGACUACCAGUGUAUCGCCUCCAACACGAUCGGUUCCAUCAUGAGCGACCCCGUCACGAUUUCAGAAGGAUUCCUGAACCAGUUCGUCAAUGAUCCAGUGGGCACGUUGAGUGCUCCUCUCUACCAGGGAACAGUCAUCAACUGCAACACGCCAAACUUCAAGCCAAAGGUGAUGUACGCCUGGUACAAGAACGACGCCAGGCACUUCAUCCGCCCCACCCUCAACCCCCACACAUUUGUGUCGGAGAACGGCGGUCUGUACAUCUCCGAGGUCCAGUCGUCCGACAAAGGGCAGUACCACUGUGUGGUCACACUGGCCGCUCCCUUCGACGAGAUUCUCGCAACCAAGCAACCGCCCAGCAAGACCAGUCUCGCCAUCGGCUUCGACGUCACCGGGCAAAACGCCAACGACUUUGGGCCGACCAUCCACAACGACUUCCCAGCCGUGUUUCCCAAUCCCCCGCAGAGGGGCAAGACCAUCCGCCUGGAGUGUCUAGCUUAUGGAAGGCUCCCCUUGACUUACUCCUGGGAGUGGAAUGGCGGGGCUCCGCCCUCCGGGUCUCACAUGGAGAACCUCAACCGCGUUCUCAUCAUCAAGGAUGUGAAGCUGGAGCACAGCGGCAACUACACAUGCCUCGUCCGACGAGGCGGCGACGCCUCCGACAGCAAGAGCCUGCAUCUAUCAAUUAUAUCCAAACCCUACUUCCUGUUCCCGCUGGAGGACAAGUUUGUAGACAAGGGGAGUCAGCUGACGUGGAGGUGCGAUGCGGUGGCCGUCCCCCACGCCACCUACACUUGGCUGAAGGACACUAAGGUGCUUCUCCCCACCCCCGGGGAUAUCGACAUCUACAGGAACACGCUGACCAUCCACAACGCCGACGCUACCCGGCAUGACGGCAUGUACCAGUGUGUGGCGAAAAACAAGUACGGCAAGGUCCUGACAAGUGGCCAGCUCAAGGUGCUGACAUUCCAGCCAAUGUUUACCAAGCACCCCCUUCAUGACACCAUGCUCGGCACCGAGGGUGGCAACAUCACCAUACCUUGCCUACCGGAAGGGGCUCCCACUCCGACCAUCACGUGGUCUAAGGAUGGCCGUGACCUUGGUCUCACUGUAGCUGAUAAGAUAAUGGCGACUGGGCAUCUGGCCCUACUUCCAAGUGGGAGCCUAGUCAUCAAUGGACUCACAAAGGGGGAUUCGGGACGCUACAGGUGCACUGCCACCAACGACAUCGGGACGGCGUCGUCUGAGGGCACACUCAACAUCGUCACGCAAACUGUUAUAACAACGCCCCCUACCAACACCGCCGUCAUAGUCAACAAUACUGCUUUCCUGUUCUGCGAGGCGUCCUUCAACCAGCUCACGACGGACCUGAUUUAUGUGUGGAAGUUCAACAACGAGAUCACCAUCGACAUUGCAAACGACCCCGACUUCGUACAGGGAGUCCGCGAUGGUUUGAGGGGCUUAUACAUAAGGAACGCCCAGUUCAGACACGAGGGAAUAUUCACGUGUAUGGCCCAGACGGUUCAGGACGCUGCUACAGCUGACGCCGUAUUGACAGUCCUCGGUCCUCCCGGGGAGCCGGCCGGGGUGUACUCCAGGGACGGGUCAAAGGGGAAGGAAGUGACGUUACGCUGGACGCCGGGAGAGGAUCACGGGGACAUCAUACAAGCCUACAGGGUAGAGGCUACAAACACCUACGACUCAGAAUGGAUCCCCGUCGUCAAAGAGUUGCAGGAGAGCCAGUCAGUACUGACGAACCUGGAGGAGGACCAGACCAAGAGGGGGACGCUCAUUGUUGGUCUUGCUCCCGGCACAAGCUACAGGUUCAGAGUCAUUGCCAGGAACAGGUUCGGAUGGGGCGAGCCUAGCUAUCCUUCAGCAUGGUACCACAUCGACUCCGCCGCUCCGAGGGUGGCUCCUGCUAAUAUUGGUGGUGGAGGGGGAGCUGUUGGUCUGCUCAAGAUGACAUGGCAGGCUCUCCCAAGGAACGAGUGGGGUGGUCGGGGUCUCCGCUAUAACGUCUUCCAUCGUCUGUUCUCAACCAGGGGUCAAGGUGACAACUGGAUCAAGGCCAAAGUUCCAGGCACGAAGACUGAGAACGUCACGGUGGUCGGAUCCAGGACAAACUUCUACAGACAGUACGAGGUCAAAGUUCAAGCAGUCAAUGACUUCGGACCGGGGCCCAACUCCUCAAUCUCAGUGGUGUUCUCUGCGGAGGACAUGCCCGUUGGAACGCCCUCUAAUGUCUACGCCCAGGAACAGAACUCGACGUCGGCUCUGGUGUUUUGGAACCCUGUCCCCGAUGACCGACUCCACAUGAAGGGGCGUGUAAUGGGUUACCAGAUCAACUACUGGCUGGACGGGGAGACCUACAACGACGCGCUGUUUGUCCGCCAUUAUGGGCAAAUGUCAAAAGGCAUGAUCAUUGGUCUGGAACCAAACACCGACUACUGGUGCAACGUCAACGUCUUUAACGGCGCGGGACUCGGCCCGAAGAGUGAAAACUGGUGGUUCUCAACUUACUAUCAAGGUCCGACGCUGUACCCGGAGUACGUGACCGUCAACAGUGACGGCCCUGACAGCGCGUACGUGACGUGGAGAGGAGUGAGCACGACGCAGAACGAGGAGUCAAUCCGAGGCUACAAGCUGAUCUACUGGAAGACUGGGGAGGACAUCAGGACGGCCAAGAGCGUGAUCGUGGGCAAAGUGGACAGUACGGUCAUCCCCCACUUGGAGAAGGGGGUUAUCUACAAACUGAGGAUUAUGGGCUUCAGCUAUGGGGGGGACGGCAAGAAGACCCCCACCGUGUACUUCACUCUAGGUGGCCAAGUGCGAUACGACCAGAUCACAAGUGAAAUAAUGGCAGGAGGUCAAGGACUGAGCCUCUCACUUCUCCUUCUGGGAUCCUGCUUAGCUGCAGUCCUCCUGGUUUCCGGGUCGGGAUAAUUCGCUCAUGCACACGUCGCUUUCCUCUGUUGUUAACGCAAGAUCACCCUCUUCUGCUGCUCAUCUUCACACCGCUUUGCCUCCGUUGUCAUCGUAAGGUCACCGUCUUCUGAUGAUCUUUACAUCACCAUCCUCUGCUGAUCUUCACACUGCUAUGCUUCCGUUGUCAUCGCAUGUCGACUUCUGCUCACCUACACACUCCUAGUGACCACGUGGCCUGCGUAUUGUCAAAUGUCCGACCUAAUCUAUAUGUACUGGCAGUCUACAUCUACUGACAAUCCCUCCAUUCUACCGAUACGUGCAACAGCAGCCUUAUGCUUGGGCCCUGUGAUUUUCUCCCUGCAAACAGGAAGGCGUUUACAAACCAAUUGUGAUUCCAAGCAAUCUGAAGACUUCCACCUCCCCAACACACAUAUAACAGUGUGACCGGUGCUGUUUCCGUUCAGUUGUUACAACCAGUUUGCUGUCUCUGGAACCAUGGCGGCUUCUCCUGUAGCGAUUUCCUUAUAUUGACGGUCUUCAUGGGGAGAGGAAAUGGUGGGAUGUUUACCGCUGAAGUUUUGUGACUUAAGUCAUUUUCUUAAUAGCCAGUUGAAAAACCCUUUGCACUGUCAGGUUGAAUAUAAAAAACGAAAUCGUUUCCAUGCGAAUGUCAGUCGCCAGUUUCUUGGUAAUCAUUGGGGCAUCUGUAUCUGUUUUCGUUUUAUAGAUGCAGUCCGUGUUUUCUUUCGUGUUGUUAGAUCUAUGUUUUUAUUUUUUACAUUAAAAAUUGAUCUUUCAAAGAGAGAAAUAUUACUAUUGUUACGUUAAAAUCAUGACAAUGCAGCGUACCCUAUCAGGACCAUCAGAUGUGAACAUGUUAUUAUGAUUAUGCAAAUCAGUUACUGAUUGACAGACAUGUGUCAUUGUACAUUAUUAAAAACUAAAAAUCAGAGACUUAAGUCGAGUAAGUCAUGUUUCAAUGAUGUGAUUACGACAUAUACUGGACAGUAAGGUAGACAGCUAUCAGUUCAAUUACUGCUGGGAUAAAAAAAAUGUAUACCAAACCCUUUUGUAUAACAACUUUUAGCGUAUAACCACUGACUUUAGGCGAACAGUAUUACUGUGUGUGACGUACUGGUAUAUUUUUCCGACUCUUGUACAUAUCAUAUUUGUUAUCAUAAUCUCCAUGCCUGUAUACACAUUAUCAUUCCUCUGUCAGGGUAAUUAUUUCUUAUUAUGACUAGUAUUGAAAUCAUGUUUACACUUUAUAAUAAAGAGUUCAAUUCUAAA